AUGGCAUCUCAUCCUCCUGCUGCGUGCUGCACUGUAGCUAGUCUUCACGAAGGCGAGCCUACAGGUUCGAUAAUCCAGAUUGAUAACAAGAUCAAUGGCUAUGUAGCCAAUCCUCCUUCUGGCCAACCAAAAAAGGCCAUUCUAUAUCUUCCAGACAUUUUUGGAAUAUGGCAAAACAGUAAACUCAUGGCGGAUGCCUUUGCUGCUCAGGGUUACCUCUGUCUUGUACUUGACACUUACAAUGGUGACCCUGUACCACUGCAGAUGCCUGAUGGUUUCGAUAUCAUGAAAUGGCUUACCGAGGGAUCGGACGGGAAGAACCCUCAUACUACAGAAGCAACAGACUCAAUUGUUGUCGCCGGUAUCAAGUACCUCAAAAGUAUUGGUGUUGCGAAGAUCGCUGCCGUGGGAUACUGUAUAGGUGCCAAACAUCUCGUUCGCCACUUCAAAAGUGGUAUCGACGUGGGAUUCAUUGCACAUCCGUCCUUUGUGGAAUCGGAAGAGCUGGCCUCUAUCACUGGACCUCUUUCCAUCGCGGCCGCCGAGCUAGAUGAUCUGUUUACUGUGGAAAAACGUCACGAGAGCGAGGGGAUCAUGUCAAAGUCAAAACAAGACUUUCAGAUUAAUCUUUUCUCUGGCGUUCACCAUGGAUUCGCCGUGAAGGGAGACAUGAGCGAAGAGAGACAAUUGUUCGCGAAGGAGCAAGCUUUUAGUCAAGCGGUGGCUUGGUUCAAGAGAUUUAUACAGUAG